CAUGUAGAUGUUUCCUGGAAGCUUCCGAUCAUGUGGGAUGCGUUGCCAUGCGUAGCCAUGCGUAGCCAUGCGUAGCCAUGCGUAGCCAUGCGUAGGUUCGCUUGGCUGCUGGCACUGGUGGUGAGAGCUCAAGAUGAUGACUUCCAAUGGUUCCGCUGCGAUGCUUGCUCGGCCUCGUUCUUCAAAAUCAACAGGACCUUGGUCGAGAAGCAGUUGCUCCGUCGGGCCAGUGUGGCCAGCUAUGAGUUCUUGGAGAUCGUUGACGAGGUAUGCGAUACUAUGUUCACCAAAGAAGAGUAUGGCGUGAAGCAGCAUGAGGGUAAGAAGUAUCUCUUCGGCCCUGGUGUGAGCGAUCACAUCCCAGGGCAGGGCUUCGGGCAGAUGGGCAUGGGAGAUUAUGACAAGCGCCUAGCAUCCUACUGCAAGAUGUUUGUCGAGGAGUUCGGGGAGGAGGAGCUGCAGAAGCUCUUCUGGGAAGAGAGGCAAGUGAAUCACACUGAGCUUUGCAAAGACGAGUGCAAGUCUUCUGCCAGUGGCACUGGAGCAAAAUCCAAGACGCCCAGGAAGCCUAAAGUGCAGAGGACACCUUCAGCCAGUCCGGAGAAGGCCCCGACCGCGAAGGGCAAAGACUCUGCAAAAGUGAUACCUGCGCCAGCAACAGGAAAAAGGACUGAGAACUCGAUCAAGAAGACGGCGAGUGAGGUUGACCAGGUGUUGUCUUCAUUGCAGCGCUGGAGCGUGCCGGAACUGACACGCCUGGGGGAGGCCGUUCUCCAGCAGCUGGCGCUGCGAGCACAGCAUGGCACGGAGCGCUCCGAGCUGUGAAGCCUGGAGCACAUCAACUUCUAGAGAGGUGGUCGCGGAGUGUCCGGCUCCAACGGCAGCACGAAGGGCACGGCGAGCGGGCGUCUUUCUGCGACGUGUCGCGUGGUCCCCACUUCGGCAAUUUGAAAGCUGGAAAAGAUCAGCCAACAGAUUGCGUGGUGAAAAGCGGAG